CAAUCCUCUAUGAUCGAUUCGACGAUUCUGGAAACUUCACCGGUUUUCAAGGCAUUUCAUACUAUCUGCUAGGCUAUGGCAAACAUUGUAUGUUGUCUGAUAGUAACUUUGUGCAUUGCUGCUGCCAUGACACAGGAGUGUCCUGCUGGUAUGAAGAAGAGAGGAAACAUCUGCUGCAAGCCAGUGACAUGUAAAAAAAAUGAAGACUAUCAACUCUGCAAUGAUACACACACAGAAGACAGAUGUACUCCUUGUCCUCCAAAUACAACCAAUCAGGACAUCAUUAACACGAGCAAUGUUGAUGAACAAUUACCAGGCAUCUGCAAAGAAAUUAACUGUAAUCCUAAAGUCAGAUGUCUUCCAGAGGCAAUGAUAUCAAACCCUGAUGAUUGCCUGAAAAGUGGAAUUGCCAAGUGCGAGUGCAAUCUCACGGGAGGAUACUGUGGCGAGGAUCCAAAUACUUGCAGAGAAUGGGAAGGAAAUGUUACAGAUCUCAGAAAAGGCGUAGGAUUAACACAGAUCUGUCAGGUUGAGAAUUGCAAGCCUGGGUAUUAUAAAGACAAAGUGGGCUAUGGACAAUGCCUCAAACACAAAGAGUGUUCGCUGGAAGAGGAAAUAAUCUUCAAGGGUAACAGCACUAUGAACAGACAAUGUGGUCCAUUGACUCAGACAACAACUCCGACCAAAAGUACGAAGAUAUUUGAUGCCAACAGUACUUCCCCUAGCAGUGACGGCACUGCAGAUACUGACAAAAUACCGGUAAUCAUUGGUUCAGUUGUGGGGUGCAUAAUACUGAUAGUGGUGAUUUUUGUCGUGGUAGCCAUUAUUUACCGGCGCAGGAGAGGUAGGAACAAUGCAAAUCCUGGAGAUGAGGAACAGAAUCGAGGUCUGGCGCCAAAUGGACAGAGGAUGGAACCUCAAUUGCCAAAUGGACGAGAGGGAAGCGAGCCUCUGACUAAUGGACAGGGGAUGGUUGAUACAGCGUGCUAAUUUACAAUGUGUCCAUGUGUUUAUUUUUGUUCAUCGGAGGAAAAGGACAAAGACUAUAAACAGCUGAAAGAGAAAAAAGUUAUCAUUUUGAUAUUAUUAUGCUGGGUUUUGUGAAAGAUCAAACUUUAUGGAUUGCAUUCAUCUCGACUUGCCUAAGACUAUUAAUUUAGCAUUAACAAAAGUAUUUGGGUUUUUUAUGUAUUUUGAAUUUUUAUGUUUCCUUAAGAUUUUGUCCAACAAACUUAAUUGUUUCAGUAUUAACAAAAGUAUUGGUGGUUUUUUUUUAUAUUUUACAUUUUGAAUUUUUAUUUUUCCUUAAGAUUUCGUCCAACAAACUUAAUUGUUAAUCCAUAACAAAGUAUCCACUGGAAUUGGUUUUUCCAAAUCAAAGAUUUUUCACCACACAGUGACACACACACUACUCAGGUACACACUCUUACAUGUGUGUGUGUGUGCGAGCCCAUUUCACGCCUUCCUGUCAUAAGAAUAUUUCCUAGUCCCUCAUUAGAUAGUCAUUUACAUUGAUCUGAUUUAAGUCUGCCAAAAUGACGAUUUAGCUGGCUUAAUUACAUGCAUAGCCAUAAAACACCUAUAAUUAUUAUACUAGGUUAGGUUUAGAUGUAUAUUUUAUAUGAAAAAGAACUGUAUUAUCUAUACAUUGAUCGAUCUGGCUGCCAUUUGUAGAUAUAUAUUUUUAUUGUUAGAAUUAUAAGUACAAGUAUAUUUUAGUCAUUAUACAGUUAUGUUAUCCAUACAAAUCAAACUCAUAGAAUGAAUCUCCGGUGAUAAUGCUCAGUUCGGUUUGUAAACUUCUUGUAAUUUUUUAAGCUACGCAAACCAAAGUCAAACUUUGUAUGGGACCCCUUAAGAGUUUAAAUAAAAACAGCUUUACUGAAUGUUAGUCAAUUAUUUUUUAAGUUUUUUUCUAUGGUGCAAUUAUUACUCUUGUAAUGUUUAUUGUAUUCUAUGUAUGACAAUAUUUCAUACGCAAACCAAAGUCAAACUUUGUAUGGGACCCCUUAAGAGUUUAAAUAAAAACAGCUUUACUGAAUGUUAGUCAAUUAUUUUAUAAGUUUUUUUCUAUGGUGCAAUUAUUACUAUUGUAAUGUUUAUUGUGUUCUAUGUAUGACAAUAUUUCAUAGUUUAUUAGUUGAUAUAAUGGGUAUAUAUUAUUCAAAAGAUUGUUGUGAAAUUUUAUAUACAUAUUAAGAGAUAUGUAUUGAACCAGGGUGACAAGUCUUCCUCUUCACUUGCCAAUGAAUAAAAAAAUCCCUUUAGUUCGCAAAUAUUGUUAUACCAGUAUCGCCAUACUUGCCCUAAUGCUACACAGUACCGGUAAUCAAAUGUUGUGAUGAAGAUGUUACCACCAAAUGUUUCUUGCUGUGAUAAAAAGAGGGGGAGAAAUCUCAGAAAUCCAAAGAACAAAGAACAUUAUUUUUAUCAUUUUUCUUCUCUUUCCCUUUUAGAAUACCUUAAUGUUUUGUAACUUUCUUGUUUUUACAUACCAGUAAACUAUUACCAACUACUGCAAUGUGUAGGAUACCGUAUAAUAUGCAAUAUUUAUGAAAUGGUAUCUUUUUAGCUCACCUGACAUGUUUAUUUUAUAUAUACUGUGUAAAGCAUAAUACAUGACAUACUGGUUAUUUGUUAAAACAAGUGUAACUGUGAUGAAAUCUACAAUCUGUGAUGAAUUUAAGUGCCAUUCCAAUAAACUGUUUUUUUUUAA